AAACAACAAUACUCAAGAUUUGAAAAGUUGGCCUCCACCAUCCCCACCAACCCUAUUUAGCAUUCACUCCCAACAUACUAUAAACUCACAUCUCGCCGAGAAAAAAAAAACACACAGAGAGAGAGGCUGCUAUUCUAGCGAUCCAAAAAAUGGCAGCAACCAUCAUUUCCAUGUCUGGAUCUACCACCACCCCCCUCACCCCCCUCUUCAAAACCCACAUCCCCCGCCGCAUCUCCGCCCACCCCACCAACCCAGCUCCGCCCCGCCGCCUCUCUGUCUCCUGUUCUUCAGAUCGCGUCUUCAAUUUCGCAGCUGGGCCGGCCACACUCCCCGAAAACGUCCUCAAGAAAGCCCAAUCGGAGCUCUACGUCUACCAGAACUCCGGCAUGUCGGUCAUGGAAAUGAGCCACCGGGGGAAGGAAUUCACCGCUAUUAUCCAAAAGGCCGAGGCGGAUCUCCGGGAGCUUUUGGCCGUGCCGGAGAAUUACUCCGUUUUGUUCCUCCAAGGAGGCGCUACUACUCAGUUUGCAGCUAUUCCUUUGAAUAUUUGCGCGCCGGAUGAUUCCGCUGAUUUUAUUGUUACGGGAUCUUGGGGCGAUAAGGCCUAUAAGGAGGCGUCCAAGUAUUGUAAACCCAAUUUGAUUUGGAGUGGGAAAUCGGAGAAAUAUACGAAGAUUCCGGCUUUUGGUGAGUUGAAGCAGAAUGUGGGUGCCAAGUAUUUGCAUAUUUGUGCCAAUGAGACUAUUCAUGGGGUUGAGUUUAAGGACUAUCCGGAGGUUGGGAAUGAGGGGGGUGUUUUGGUUGCUGAUAUGUCUUCGAAUUUUUGUUCCAAGAAGGUUGAUGUGAGUAAGUUUGGGAUCAUUUACGCGGGUGCUCAGAAGAAUGUGGGUCCGUCGGGGGUUACCAUUGUGAUUAUUAGGAAGGAUUUGAUUGGGAAGGCGCAGGGGAGUACACCGGUGAUGUUGGAUUAUAAGAUUCAUGAUGAGAAUAAUUCGUUGUACAAUACCCCUCCGUGUUAUGGGAUUUAUAUGUGUGGGCUUGUGUUUGAGGAUUUGUUGGCGCAAGGGGGGUUAGGGGAGGUUGAGAAGAAGAAUGUGAAGAAGGCCGGGAUUUUGUAUGAUGCUAUUGAUGGGAGUAAGGGGUUUUAUAGGUGCCCGGUGGAGAAGAGUGUGAGGUCAUUGAUGAAUGUUCCGUUUACUCUUGAGAAGUCGGAGCUUGAGGCUGAAUUUAUUAAGGAGGCGGCUAAGGAGAAGAUGGUACAACUUAAGGGGCAUAGGUCGGUUGGAGGGAUGCGUGCUUCCAUCUAUAAUGCUAUGCCUUUGGCUGGCGUUGAGAAGUUGGUUGCUUUCAUGAAGGAUUUCCAAGCAAGGCAUGGUUGAUUCCGUCUUUUUGUCUUAUUAAUUAGCAUUUUGCUUAUAAUUGAUUGUUUGGCGGUCUAGUUUUUGUUCUGUAUUGUGAUAAUGUGGGAAUUUUGAGAGCCAUACUGAUUGGGAUUUAUUGGUGGCUUGUAAGAGUUAUGUAAUGGUUUUGUUUAUGAAAUUCGAUGCCAGAAUAUUAUAUCAUUAAUAAAAAAAAAUUAAGUCUA